AUUCAGAGAGUUUGAAAAAUGCUACUCAAUUCUAACAAACUGAUCGAGAAAAUUCGCCGAAUACAGCAUAGAAUCGUUUAACAGCGUUUGCUAAACAUAUCGAAAAUAUUUAGAAAAUACAAAAUGUGAUCAUUUCAGCUCAUUCACUUUCGAGCAAUGCACGAGUUCACAACACUUUUUUACGUAAGCAUUUGAUUCGUGUAAAAAAGUCAGACGGCAAACCGAAAUAGAUAGCAUUUCAGAAAUUUUAAAUACCAAAACAAUUAAAAAAAACGCAAACAGAAAUACAAAAAUUGAAAUUCAAGAGCGUAUUAUUAAUAAAGAAAGUGUUGAGUGUAAGCAAAAAACAUUGAAUUUCGUUAAUUAACCUUGUGACAAAUUUUUGCAAAUUAAAAUUUUUGGUAAUUUUCUACGCGUUCGUGCCGUUGUAGCGCAUAUGCGAACGCCGCCGCAGUGGAGCUGCAAAGAGAGAAAACCCUAGAAUUUCUGCGAGUGCUAACCUUCGUCCUGCUAUUCCUUAUCAUUUCACUAUACCUAUACCGUUACGCAUUCUAAAAGCGCGUCUAGAUUUAGGUUUAGCUAAAUAUAAUUGACAACCAAUUUGUAGCUGCCUUCCUAAAAGCGCUAACACAACUAGUACCAUAAUAACAACGGAAAAAAAACUAUAGCGCAGCAACAAGAGCAGAGUUUUUGCAAUAUGGCUAAAGCGCCUGCUGUCGGCAUUGAUCUUGGCACGACAUAUUCAUGCGUCGGUGUAUUUCAACAUGGCAAAGUGGACAUUAUCGCCAAUGACCAGGGCAAUCGGGUGACUCCAUCCUAUGUGGCCUUCACCGAUACGGAGCGACUAAUUGGCGAUGCGGCCAAAAAUCAAGUUGCCAUGAACCCGAACAAUACUAUCUUUGUCCUGUAAUACAGAGAGUUCUUGCACUUCCAAGUUUGAGUAACUAUAUAUAUUCUGCCUGGUCAUGUGACUAAUAUAUUAUAAUUUUAAAUAAUUUUUGUUGUCUGCCAUAAUAUUAAAUUCUAUAUAAUACUUUCUUUGUACUAAAGUUAAAUGUAUGUAUGUAAUAAAAUAUUCAGACUGCCAUAAAAUGUAUCAGGUCUGUCGUUUCUAUUUCCACCUGCACCUCCACUAUCAUUAAAUCUUCAUUUAACUAAAGACUGAUAUUCAAUUACUAUAUAUUUGCACUUAACCUUUCAUGCAUACAUAUAAUAUCCCCAAGAUACCACAACUUCUCCUCUCUUAUAUUCCAAAAUGUAGAUGCUAAACGUCUGAUAGGCCGUAAGUUUGAUGAUAUGACUGUGCAGAGUGACAUGAAGCAUUGGCCGUUCGAGGUCUUCAAUGACAAUGGCAAGCCAAAAAUGCGCAUCGAAUAUAAGGGAGAAAAGAAAAGUUUCUUUCCGGAAGAAGUCUCUUCCAUGGUAUUAACGAAAAUGAAGGAGACCGCCGAAGCGUAUCUCGGCAAGCCUGUAACGGAUGCUGUGGUCACUGUGCCAGCCUAUUUUAAUGAUUCACAACGUCAAGCCACCAAAGAUGCUGGCGCUAUUGCCGGUUUGAAUGUGCUGCGCAUCAUUAAUGAACCAACAGCUGCAGCCAUCGCUUAUGGACUGGACAAGAAGGGCACAAGUGAACGUAAUGUGCUCAUUUUUGAUUUGGGCGGCGGCACUUUUGAUGUGUCCAUACUCACAAUUGAGGAUGGCAUCUUUGAGGUAAAAUCUACAGCGGGCGACACACAUUUAGGCGGCGAGGAUUUUGACAAUCGCAUGGUGAAUCAUUUUGUACAAGAGUUUCAACGAAAGUACAAGAAGGACUUGGCGCAGAAUAAACGCGCUUUAAGACGUUUGCGCACCGCAUGUGAACGCGCCAAGCGCACGCUCUCAGCCUCUUCGCAGGCUAGCAUUGAAAUUGACUCUUUAUAUGAGGGUAUAGACUUCUACACAUCAAUUACACGCGCACGUUUCGAGGAAUUGAACGGUGACCUCUUCAGGGGUACUAUGGAGCCGGUGGCGAAAGCUUUGCGUGACGCUAAAAUGGAUAAAGGGCAGAUACACGAUAUUGUUUUGGUUGGCGGUUCGACGCGUAUACCCAAGGUACAAAAGUUACUGCAGGACUUCUUCAAUGGUAAGGAGCUUAACAAAUCUAUUAAUCCGGAUGAGGCCGUUGCUUAUGGUGCUGCAGUACAGGCCGCCAUACUCUGUGGCGACAAGUCCGAAGCUGUGCAAGAUCUUUUACUGCUCGAUGUAACACCGCUAUCGCUGGGUAUCGAGACUGCAGGCGGCGUUAUGACGGUGCUGAUCAAACGUAAUACCACUAUACCAACGAAGCAAACCCAGGUCUUCACUACCUACUCAGAUAACCAGCCGGGCGUGUUGAUACAGGUAUUCGAGGGUGAACGUGCUAUGACUAAAGACAAUAAUAUACUUGGUAAAUUCGAGCUGAGCGGCAUACCGCCGGCACCACGUGGUAUACCGCAGAUCGAAGUGACUUUCGACAUUGAUGCGAAUGGCAUUUUAAAUGUGACCGCGGUAGAAAAAUCUACAGGUAAAGAAAAUAGAAUCACUAUAACUAACGACAAGGGUCGUCUGAGCAAAGACGAUAUCGAGCGCAUGGUAAACGAGGCCGAGCAGUAUCGCAACGAAGAUGAGAAGCAGCGUGAACGAAUUAAUGCCAAAAACGCGCUCGAGUCCUACUGCUUCCAGAUGAAGUCUACAAUGGAUGAUGAGAAUAUACGCGCUAAAAUUUCGGACAACGAUCGUCAGUUAAUAUUGCAGAAGUGUGAUGAGACGAUCAGCUGGUUGGAUAGUAAUCAACAGGCGGAGAAGGAUGAGUUCGAGUAUAGACAAAAAGAAUUGGAGAAAAUUUGUAGCCCGAUUAUAACGCGCUUGUAUCAAGGUGGCGUGCCACCACCACCGCCAAAUGCUGGCGGUCCGGGUGCUGGUGGCUCUUCCGGCGCAGCUGGUGGUCCAACUAUAGAAGAGGUGGACUGAGCGACAGCUUUGCUGCUGUUUGAAAAAUUAAAAGGCGAUAUGUCAUAUAUAUUUUUUGGCGUUGCUUUAUUUUUCUAAAUAACAUUUUCUUAUACUUCUUGUUGUCUGCUGCUUCAAUUCGUAUUUUAUUAUAAUCUAUUUUACAUACCUAUUCAUAAAUUUUUAACAACAAAAACUACAUAACUUGUUCGAAAAUUUUGGCGAAAGGAUAAUAAAUUUCAAAUUUCAA